AUGAACUUGGUAUGUUCCGAAAAUACUUUUUCUCAAACUUGUAAUGAAAUGUUGACAUGACUUACUUCAAAUUAGGUCCGGAAAUACUACAUAUCAGGUGCGAUGAGUGAAGAUGAUAUGUAAAGGAAUUUCAUACAGCCUUACACACCUAGGCCUGUAAGGCAACCUUCUUUUGUUUUUAAACGUCAAAUUAUGGCACGUCUUGGCAUUCAACCGUAAAAAACCUAUAAGCAAAAUUCUGCCAGUAUGCUUUUUUUUCCUUUUUUUGUCUUAUUUCUUUAUAGGGCUGUAUCUCCUAAACCGUGCGUUGUAGCGUAAAAAUAAUCAAAUUUUCGUUCCCCUUUCGGUAUCAACAAAAAACGCAAAAAAGAAAGAAAAAGAUAAAAAUUAUAUGGCCGUAGACAUACGGACGAGACAGCACUAUGAGUUUGUAGAGCGACAUCCCGUUCACACCUGUCAUUCCGUACGGAAACCGAAUGAAAAUUCCGUAUAUAUGUGGCCAGCCUUAUGUUGCUCGAGGACUCGUUGCUUUGCUUUUUCUUAUCUGUGGCGCGUCGUGUAAUUGUAAGAAUGGAUAACAAGAAUAAAUCUGCACUCAGUACAAGAUGGGCCCAAAUGUCGAAACAGGAACAAAUUAUAGAGAGGAAAAAGAUGGAAAUACAGGCGAAACUAGAGGCUCAAAAGCAGGCUGCUGCUUUGGCAGCACAAGCGAAGUUAACAAAUUUAGGUUCAAAAGACGACAAGAACCCUUCAAACAUCUUCUCCAAUGAUGGCAGCUUCAUGAGCCAGUACAAGGCUUUGCUAGACAAACAAAAGCAGGAGAAGGAAGAGAAAGAGAGACAAGCAAAGCAAGAAGAAACUAAAGCUAUGGCUGCCAGCAUGCCGGAAUAUUCUGAGGCUCCUCAUGAAGAACAGAAGGAUUAUUCGCACCAUGACCAUAUUGAGAGACGGAGGUCAGACAAAGGCAGCAGAGAUAGACGUAGAUGGAGUGACAGAGGCAAGAACCGUAAUAAUAGUCCAAUGGAUGACAGAAGGCAAUCAGACAACAUCCCACCGUUGAUGCAAAUUCCAUUCAUGCCACCAGACCAAGACCCAAACCAUGAUAACUGGCAGGGAAACAGAGACCCUAACUCUAACGGAGAAGGGGUUGAAGGCAUGGGAUAUCCAGAUUCUAAUAUGAGACAUAUGAUGAGACCAGGCCCGAAUAUGGGUCCUAGAGGUCCUGGACCAAACAUGGGCCCUGGACCUGGACUGAAUAUGGGACCUAGACCAGGAAUUAACAUGGGACCUGGUCCAAUGAUGGGACCAGGGGGUCCCAACAUGCCCCCAAUGCCACCAGGUGGACCUAUGCCUCCCGGAGGACCUAUGCCUCCCGGAGGACCUAUGCCUCCCGGAGGACCUAUGCCUCCCGGAGGACCUAUGCCUCCUGGAGGACCUAUGCCGCCUUUCAUGGGCGGCCCUCCUAACUACCCAAUGCCUCCUAAUUGGGGUCCUAAUGGACCAGGUGGACCCUGCGGUCCGGGCCCUAUGCCUCCGAACAUGUGUGGCCCUAAUGGUCCAAUGCCGCCUUUCUUCGGCCCGCCUUUCCCCCAAAUGCGCCCCAAUGGUCCACCUGGCCCGCCUGGUCCUCCCAGACCUCCCGGCCGUCCAAACUCUAUGAUGCCCCCAAAUUCAAUGAAUAAUGGCAACAUGCCAUUCAUGGGUCGUCCUCCAUUCGGUCCCAAUGCCCCGAACUUCAACAACGGCAAUGGCAACAUGCCGUUUAUGCCACCAAAUAUGAUGCCGCCAAACAGCAUGCCCAAUAACAUGCCACCUAGUAACAUGCCUCCUAGCAAUAUGCCUCCAAGUAGCAUAUCUUUACACAAUAUACCUGAACCAAAGCCUUUGGAUUCAAUGCCGGAGAUGAACCUACAGAACAUUCCCCCGCCCUUGCCGCAGCUCAGUCACAUUCCAUCGCCCAAGGACGAACCAACAUCACCAGCAAAUCAAGUUUCCUCUGCAGAUUGGCCGCCGUCGGUGCUCCGCGCUGCCACGGAGGUCGCCAGGAACGGCGACCACUGGGAAAAUGUCCUGAAGGCAAUUCACUCACAAGACCAAAAUAUGUGGUUCCUUCAUAAUACGAAUUCGAACGAGUACAAGGAAUUCCGGGAGCUAGUGGAAAAGUUCCGGAGGGAGAGCCCAGAGAAGAAACCUGAGGUCAAACCUGAGGAUGUGUAUGAGCCCGAGUUCUGCUUGGAUGAUGAUUAUGACAGUGAUGACGAUUACAAGGCAGCAGAUAAAAAGUUUAGUUUUGGCGGCCAAGACUCCCAAAAACCCUGGAACCAGUUCAACCUCGGCAACUCAGUGAAACGCGAGGCGGCGAGCUCACAGAGCGACGAUGAAUCUGAGAGCAAGCGAGAGCGCCGCAAGAAGAAAUCUCGCUGGGGCGAUGAGCCUCCCGUGGCGGAUAUCAAGCCCCCGGGCGUAGUGGCUCCGUUACCGCCCGGCAUGGCGCCUUUCCAGCCCGGUAUGCCGCCAAUGCCGCCCGGUAUGCCACCGAUGCCGCCCGGUAUGCCACCGAUGCCACCUCUACCAGGGCUAAAGCUGGCUAAAGUAGAAGAGGAUGGCUUAAAACUCACAAACGUGAACCGGUCCAACCCGGCUCUGAUGCAGUAUGCCAUGACGAACUAUGGAACAAUAAACUUGAGCGCCGAGGAUUGGAAGAAGUGUGAAGACAACUUCAAACUAAAUCUGCUGUUCCAGGACAUGUUGAAAAAGAGGCAGGAAGUAGAACGCCUGGCUUCAUCAGGCAAGCACAAGUACGAAUACGAUAGUGAUGAAGAUACCGCUGAAGGCACAUGGGAACAUAAGUUACGCGCAAAAGAAAUGUACGCGACGGAGAAGUGGGCCGACGAACUCACGAAACAAGCAGCCGGAAAACAUCACAUCGGAGACUUCUUGCCCCCAGAAGAACUGAAGAAAUUUAUGGAGAAAUAUUCUGCCGUGAAAACUGGCAAGGAGCCAGACUUGAGUGACUACAAGGAGUUUAAACUGAAAGAGGAUAAUGUUGGUUUCAAAAUGCUGCAAAAGUUGGGCUGGAGCGAGGGCCAGGGACUCGGCGCGGAGGGCACUGGUAUUGUCGACCCCAUCAACAAGGCCAACCAGCCGGUCGCCAACAUGGGCCUAGGCGCUUCCUCCUCCGACGUGGUGUCCCCUGAUGACGACGAGUUUGACGCCUAUAGGAAGCGCAUGAUGCUCGCUUACCGGUUCAGACCCAACCCUCUGGUAAGUACCCUAUAUCAGUACCACAACCAACCCAUCGCGAACAUGGAGCUAGAAGCUUCCUCCUCCGACGUGGUUUGUCCUGAUGACGGGGUCGACGCCUACAGGAAGCGCAUGAUGCUCGCUUACCGGUUCAGACCCAACCCUCUGGUAAGUACCCUAUAUCAGUACCACAACCAACCCAUCGCGAACAUGGAGCUAGAAGCUUCCUCCUCCGACGUGGUUUGUCCUGAUGACGGGGUCGACGCCUACAGGAAGCGCAUGAUGCUCGCUUACCGGUUCAGACCCAACCCUCUGGUAAGUACCCUAUAUCAGUACCACAACCAACCCAUCGCGAACAUGGAGCUAGAAGCUUCCUCCUCCGACGUGGUUUGUCCUGAUGACGGGGUCGACGCCUACAGGAAGCGCAUGAUGCUCGCUUACCGGUUCAGACCCAACCCUCUGGUAAGUACCCUAUAUCAGUACCACAACCAACCCAUCGCGAACAUGGAGCUAGAAGCUUCCUCCUCCGACGUGGUUUGUCCUGAUGACGGGGUCGACGCCUACAGGAAGCGCAUGAUGCUCGCUUACCGGUUCAGACCCAACCCUCUGGUAAGUACCCUAUAUCAGUACCACAACCAACCCAUCGCGAACAUGGAGCUAGAAGCUUCCUCCUCCGACGUGGUUUGUCCUGAUGACGGGGUCGACGCCUACAGGAAGCGCAUGAUGCUCGCUUACCGGUUCAGACCCAACCCUCUGGUAAGUACCCUAUAUCAGUACCACAACCAACCCAUCGCGAACAUGGAGCUAGAAGCUUCCUCCUCCGACAUGGUGUCCCCUGAUGACGACGAGUUUGACGCCUAUAGGAAGCGCAUGAUGCUCGCUUACCGGUUCAGACCCAACCCUCUGAAUAAUCCUCGGCGACCAUAUUAUUAAGUAAACUAGCUAUAAUUUUUGUCAUUAUACAUUUAAAAUCUUCGAGUUUUGUUAUUCGUCCGAAAUUAACAUGUAUGCAUGAUGAAUUUUAACUGAUGUAGUUCAGCUCCUGAUUAGACAGUAAGUGCAUAUUUGGUAUUAAAAACAUUAGCUUGUAUUCAGAUAUUUUUGAGUAAUUUUGUCUGUCAUUAUUACUUUGUAUAUUUGAUUGUGACCGUAUUACAUAUAAAAGGAUCUACAGACGACCGCACCGGACUGCGACCUUGAUUCGGUCCGGCGCCCGUUCGAUCGUGUGUAAGGCAGCAAUAAAGAAGAGAAGAAAGAGAUUAAGAAAAAUAAGAAAGAAAGAGAAGAAUAAGAAAGAGAUUUUUGACCGCACCAAGGUCGCAGUCUGGUGCGGCCGUCUGUAGACACUUCAAUGAAAAGAAAAGUACAAAACAUACUAUAUACUAUAUAAUUAAGUAUAUAUUAACUAUAAUGUUAUAUACGUAUAUUAUUUAACCGACUCGACUGCCGAAGAAGAGGUUAUUCAAGUAUGUUUACGUGUAUUUGUGGCACAGCCUUAGCCCAAAUGUCUUGACGGAUUUUAAACAGAGAUGCCGCUAGAUUUUGUAUCGUAUUCGUGGGUGUGACGCAUGCUGUGGUAUUUUACUUAUUUUAAAGUUAGAAUCCGGUCCCAAUCCACAGGUGGUAGGUAGCUAUUUGUUGAAAAUUGUGUAAUAGUACAUUACGAUACAAGUGCGAAAAAUUGGAAAUUCGAAACAUGUGGCGAUAAAUUAAAACACGACCGAAGGGAGUGUUUUAAAUCGACACGAGUUGCGAAUUACCUAUUCGCACAUGUAUCGUACAACGUUUUACAGUACAUAUGGCCCUUUAAAUGUUCGACACAGUAACGUAAUAUGUUAAUUUUCGUACUAGUGCGGUAAAGUAGCACCAUAUGUACUGUAAAAAAUAUUAAUGUAACUUAAGUAUUUCAGAACUGUAACUACAUUCAUGUAGGUAUUUAAUUGUAAGUACAAUUAAUAAAGUAAUUACGUUUUUUUGGGGCCAAAUUAUAAUGGCGCACUAGGGAUUGUAUAAACAUGUAAUUGUUCAGUCGUUUAGCUCCCAAGUUUAUCAAAGAAUAAGGUUAAUUCAACUAAUGGCAUCAUACUUACCUUAUGUAUAAAUAUUUAGCACAAUUUGUUGCAUACUUUCAUAAAAAAUACAUACUUACAUUUUAAA